GAGCGAGAAAGAGAGGGAGAGAGAGUGGGAAGUCUAGAGAGUGGUUGACAGAGAGAUAGACAAGAGGGAGACACAAUUAGAGUGAGUAAGGGAGAGAAUCAGCAAGUGUGUGUGAGACAGGAAAAGAGACUAGAGUGCUUGGGAGGAGCUUGUUUUAUUUGUUGAUAUGUAAAGGAAGCACUGAGAUCUUAACCAGGGAGAACAAACCUCCCCUCUCCAUUUAUGUGUGUGUGUGUGCUGGAGGGAGGUCUUUGAGCAUGAGAACAUUGACAGGGGUUCAAAUACUUCACAGGCUAAAGCAGACUGAUUCUUCAUUUCCUCUUAGAGUGAUGAAUACCUGAGUGCAUGUUUGUGUGUCUGUGUGUGAGAGGGAAAUAUUAAAUGGAGUUAGUGUGAGAAUGGGAGGAUAGCAACAGAGAGUGAGCAUGAGUGAGUGAGAGAGAGACAGGGAGGGAGAGUGAGUGAGAGAGAGAGAGAGGGAGGGAGAGUGACGGAGAGAGAGGAGGAGGAAAGAGAGAGAAAGAGAGGGGGAGAGAGAGGGGAGAGGCAUAGGAAGAGAGCUGCUGUGAUUAUUUUCAUUUCUGUUUAAUGGCCAGAGUGCUGUCAGCUCUCUCAGGAAGAAGAGUUCCUCAGCUCGCCGCUCACUCUCUCCCCACCCAGCCACAGCCUCCUCGCGCCUGCCCUCUCCCCUGACUCCCGUCACAGAAGAACGCCACUCACCUGUCCACCGCGCUCCCAACAGCAGGGAGGAGGAGAGCCGGGACGCUGUCAUGAGACUCCUCGCGGCCGCAGCCUAGCGUCCACUCGGAUUGCGCUUUUCCCCACCGUCGCCCCCGGGGCAGAAAAAAGAGCCAUGUCGUCUCUGUACCCGCGGACCAAGGAGCUGUCCCGUACCCGAAAGUCUCUGUCGGACUCGCCGCCCUCUUCGCCCUCCCCCACCGCCAAGACCUUCAGACAUGACAGGGCAUCAAGGCUGGACUCUGGUUCUGGAUUAGGGGACAGUGCCACAGACCGGCUGUCAGGCCGAACUAGUUCUUAUACCCGCCGUGAGAACAGGCUAGCAUCGCUGAGCAAGGCAGAAGAUGAUGCCAGCUCCAAGGACUUCAAGAAGAUGUACGAGGACGCCUUGGCCGAGAACGAGAAGCUCAAGUCCCGGCUGGAGGACAGCAAGCAGGAGCUGGCCAGCAUUCGGACGCAGCUGGAGAAAGUCACACAGAAACAGGACCGAAUAUCUGAAAGGUCCAGUGUGCUUGAAACAGAGAAAAGGGAGAAGAGGGUCCUGGAGAAAAAGGUCUCAGAAAUGGAGGAAGAGCUGAAGGCCCUUCCCCAGCUGGCUCAGCUCCAGGCCCUGCGCUGGAGGAAUGAGAGGCUCCAGGCGGAGAACAGAGCCAUGCUGCGCGUCCUCGCUCGCCUCUCAGACAUGGCCUCCCUGCCCGAAACCGAGGACCUCUAACCCCACUCCCCCAACCCAUGCCCCCCUUCCUCACCGUCACCUCCACCUCUUCCUCCGCCUCCACCCCUGUCUCCACCUUUCCACCUGCCCGUCUCCUCCGCCUGUCUGCUCUGUGCUGCUGUUCUCCCAGCCAGGUACUGACAGAACUCAAGUCGGACAAUCAGAGGCUGAAGGACGAGAACGGGGCAUUGAUCAGAGUCAUAAGUAAGCUGUCCAAGUGAGAGGGGGGUGAGCGUGCCUGACUCCACGUAUAUCCCGUAUAUCUCACCCCUCUCACCCCCCACCCCCCAGGAGUGGUGGUCUGCUGAUCCCAGAAUUUGUAUAUUUGGUGGUCGGGAGUGUGGGGAGGGGGCAAGAGGCUCUCAGUAGAUCCGGAGGAAACAUGAAGAGUCCAGGAGUCCUCCCCCUUACUUGCCUGCAUGCCUGAUCACACCGUAGUAUUUUGUGCACCAACAUGGGGGUGGGUACACGGCAGUAGCACAUAGGCUAGCGGACUGCUUGCCCUUAUCAAAACAUGAUGAAUUGCGACAGUCUCCGAGGACAGGAAGCAGAUGGCUGAUUAUGUGAGUGUGUCCGUCUUGCAAUGGGCACAAGCACUGGAUCAAAAAUUACCCUUAUGGAAAUGGUAUUUACUGCAAGGUAUUUUAAAUCAUUUUGGAAAAAAUCUUUUUCAAUUUUAUGGUAAAUGAAUUUCACAGCCAUUGAUUAUUUUGAUCUGAAUGUGGCAAAAGUUUGUAUUUGCCCCAUAUAUAGUAUACGGACAUAGCUUUUCUGGUCCUGAUAAUAUAUUCUUAUUUCAAUAUAUUGCAUUGAAUUCCAUUUCUGUAAAAAGUACACAAUGAGACCGUAGCUAAGCCCUCCCUCCCCCACCUAUGCAUCCGUUUUAUAUAGAGCACUUUCAAGUGGUGCGAAGACGGUUUCUAACCUCCACGUUUAGUGAAUGUUUUAUUUAUUAUCCUUCUUUUGGUUUUAGACAUUGCGUGCCUUAUAUUAAGAUUAUAUUGUUUAUUUGAUAUUUAUCUUUAAUGACCACAUAUAAAGCAUUUACCUGUACUCUCCAAAUAGUGCCUCAUUUAGUGGGACACCCUGCAUUGAAAUAAAACGUAUUUUCACCUUUUGCAUGGCUGACAUACAUUUUAUAUUGUCCAUCGUCAUAAAUGCACUGCCACUGAACCGUGUUAUUGUAUGUGUUAUGUUUUGGCAAUUCCCCAUAUUCAUCUAAAGGUGCCCUUUGUAUCCCUUGUGCCUUCGCCCAUGGGCAAGCAAGCUGCCCCUGCAGUGUGAAUACUGUUAGAAGAUUAUUCCUCAGCAUGUUACAUGAAGCAGAAUUUGUUCUUACUAUUUCAUAUACUAAAAUCAUUCAUGGAUAUGUAUGCCAUCACAACGUUUGAGUGCAUUUCACAUUGAAGUACAGGAGUGCUACAUAGUUUGUUGAAGUGGAGCUGUUUUAAUUGAAUGCCGAAUAAACUGCAGAGUUUUAUGUCAUUUCAAA